AUGACCUUUGGCGUAGCAUUGAUCGGGGGAGGAAUCUGGGCGAAGGAAGAGCAUCUGCCCGCGGUGCUCGCAUCGGAGCACUUGGAACUAAAGGCAAUUUAUUCUCGGUCGCUGAGAUCUGCAGAAGAUACUGCCCAGGCCUCGGGGAAGCUGGUUGAGCUGUAUUCAGAGGACUCGAAUCAGGGAUACAACGAUGUGCUGAAGCGGGAGGAUGUCGACGCAGUCAUUAUCGCACUUCCUAUCGCUUCCCAGGCCUCUUAUAUCCGCGCAGCACUUUCCGCAGGAAAGCAUGUUUUGUCUGAGAAACCCGUGGCCGAAAACGUUGCAGAGGCAGAGGCACUGAUCAAAUGGUAUCGCGAGGAAAUCGAGCCCCAGAAGAAGGCUACUUGGAGUGUAGCCGAGAAUUUCCGCUAUCUCGAUAGCUUCCGACAGGCUCGGGAGAAAGUCCAGGGCCUAGGAAAGAUUAUUGGAUUCCGCGUCAAGGUCUAUGGGAACAUCCAGCAGGACGGAAAGUUCUUCAACACCGACUGGCGAAAGGUUCCUACGCACCAAGGUGGCUUCCUGCUUGACGGUGGAGUGCAUUAUACGGCUGGACUACGUUACCUACUUGGACCCGACACCUUCAUCACUCGACUGUCCGCAUUUACAACUCUGCUCAAGGAGUAUUUGCCACCUGUUGAUACGGUUGAUGCAAUUCUCAAGACCAAUACGGGAGUUCAGGGUACUUUCCAAGUGUCGAACGGAACUAGCCUGGUAGGUCCUGAAUGGACCGUUGGGUGCGAGAAUGGCAGUGUCUCUGUCGACUUUUCCAAGAUCACCGUGCGAACAUUGGAUGGUAAAGAAGAUGUUCAGGAUGUUCAAGACGAGCGGACAGGCGUGCCACCAGAAGUUCGACAGUGGGGACAGGCUCUUGCAGAGGGCAAGGUGAAUCCUGAACAGAGCCCAAGCCAGGCUCUGGGAGACCUUGAGUUGCUCGAAUUGAUGCUUCGUAGCGGCGAAGGUGAUGGGCAACCGCAGAAUUGCCGCUGCCAACAACCGGCGAACAUCUAA